UCUCUCACUCGCGCUCUCGUUGGAGGCACACCAGUACCAGUCCUCUGAGAAGAAAAAGCCCACAGCUACGCUAAGCUGUAGGGAAAAUAUGCACAGCCCUCGCUUUUCUUAGCAAUCGCUACUUAAAUCUGGCAAGACAUCAGUCUUCUCGAGGAUGGAGGCAGUGAAACAAAGGAUUUUGGCCCCAGGAAAAGAGGGGCUAAAGAAUUUUGCUGGAAAAUCUCUCGGCCAGAUCUACAGGGUGCUGGAGAAGAAGCAGGACACCGCGGGGGAGACCAUCGAGCUGACAGAAGACGGGAAGCCCCUGGAGGUGCCCGAGAGGAAGGCGCCGCUGUGCGACUGCACGUGCUUCGGGCUGCCGCGCCGCUACAUCAUCGCCGUCAUGAGCGGCCUGGGCUUCUGCAUCUCCUUCGGCAUCCGCUGCAAUCUGGGUGUGGCCAUCGUGGACAUGGUCAACAACAGCACUAUCCACCGCGGCGGCAAGGUCAUCAAGGAGAAAGCGAAAUUCAACUGGGACCCGGAAACGGUGGGGAUGAUCCACGGUUCCUUCUUUUGGGGCUACAUCAUCACACAGAUUCCGGGCGGAUACAUCGCAUCGCGCCUGGCAGCUAACAGGGUAUUUGGAGCCGCCAUACUUCUUACCUCCACCUUGAACAUGCUAAUCCCAUCAGCAGCCAGAGUGCAUUAUGGGUGUGUCAUCUUUGUUAGAAUACUACAGGGACUAGUUGAGGGUGUCACCUACCCAGCAUGUCAUGGGAUUUGGAGCAAAUGGGCCCCUCCACUGGAGAGAAGUAGACUGGCCACGACCUCCUUCUGUGGUUCCUACGCUGGAGCUGUAAUCGCCAUGCCCUUAGCCGGUAUUCUUGUGCAGUACACGGGCUGGUCUUCAGUGUUCUACGUCUAUGGAAGUUUCGGGAUGGUCUGGUACAUGUUUUGGCUUUUGGUGUCUUACGAGAGCCCUGCAAAACACCCUACUAUUACAGAUGAAGAACGUAGGUACAUAGAAGAAAGCAUUGGAGAGAGUGCAAAUCUAUUAGGUGCAAUGGAAAAAUUCAAGACUCCAUGGAGGAAAUUUUUUACAUCUAUGCCAGUCUAUGCAAUCAUUGUUGCGAACUUCUGCCGAAGCUGGACUUUUUACUUACUGCUUAUUAGUCAGCCAGCAUAUUUUGAGGAAGUCUUUGGAUUUGAAAUCAGCAAGGUCGGUAUGCUGUCAGCUGUGCCCCACUUAGUCAUGACAAUCAUUGUGCCCAUUGGAGGACAGAUUGCAGAUUUUCUAAGAAGCAAGCAAAUCCUUUCGACAACGACAGUGAGGAAGAUCAUGAAUUGUGGUGGUUUUGGAAUGGAAGCCACCCUGCUGCUGGUGGUUGGCUAUUCUCACACCAGAGGGGUCGCCAUCUCAUUCUUGGUACUUGCAGUGGGAUUCAGCGGAUUUGCUAUAUCUGGCUUCAACGUGAACCACUUGGAUAUUGCACCAAGAUAUGCCAGCAUCUUAAUGGGCAUUUCAAAUGGCGUUGGCACGUUGUCGGGAAUGGUUUGCCCUAUCAUUGUAGGUGCAAUGACGAAAAAUAAGUCACGUGAGGAGUGGCAGUAUGUCUUCCUGAUCGCAGCCCUCGUCCACUACGGUGGAGUUAUAUUUUAUGCCAUAUUUGCCUCGGGAGAGAAGCAACCCUGGGCAGACCCUGAGGAAACAAGUGAAGAAAAAUGUGGAUUUAUCCAUGAAGAUGAACUGGAUGAAGAAACAGGGGACAUUACUCAGAAUUAUAUAAAUUAUGGUACCACUAAGUCGUACGGUGCCACGACACAGGCUAACGGAGGUUGGCCUAAUGGUUGGGAAAAGAAAGAGGAAUUUGUGCAAGAAGGAGUACAAGACUCAUAUACCUAUAAAGACCAAGGUGAUUAUUCAUAACACAAUUAAUUGCUGGAUUUAUUUUUAGUGUUUGUGAUUAAAUUAAAUGUGAUUGCACAAAAAAAUUAAAAGUGUGGUGUAAACAUGUAAACAUAUCAACCAAGCAAGUCUUGCUGU